CUGCUCCCACCAGCGCAGAGCAGAGCCUGCAAGGAUGGGCUCCAAACUGCUGUGCCUGUGCCUCCUCGCAGCCCUGCUCGGCUACUACAUCUACAUCCCGCUCCCCGAGGGGAUGACCGAGCCCUGGCCUGUGAUGCUCAUCUCGGCUGUCUUGAGGACCCUGGCACACCUGUCCGAGGCAGCUGAUAUGCUGGGGCUCAUGAACUACAUGGAGGUGAUGAGGCUGUUCACGACUGUCGAGAUUGUCCCUCCCACGUCCGAUGAAAAUGUCACCGUGACAGAGGCAGAGUUCAACAGCGUCCCUGUGCGCCUGUUCCUGCCCAGGAGGGCUCCUGGCGGGCUCAGGAGGGCCAUAGUCUACUUCCACGGAGGGGGAUGGUGCAUGGGAGACGCAGGCAUGCACAGCUACGAUCACAUGGCACGGCGGUUCUCAAACGAGCUGGACGCUGUCGUGGUGUCAGUCAACUACAGGCUGGCCCCUCCACACCAUUUCCCCGUGCAGUUUGAAGAUGUGUACUCGGUGACCAAGUUCUUCCUGCAGAGCAAGGUCCUGUCCCAGUACGGGGUGGACCCUGCUCGGGUCUGCGUGGCCGGGGACAGUGCCGGGGGCAACCUGGCUGCGGCGGUGGCACAGGAGCUGUUGGAGGACGCUGAGGUGCAGACGAAGCUGAAAGCGCAGGUUCUGAUCUACCCGGCGCUGCAGGCGCUGGACCUGGCGCUGCCCUCCUACCAGGACAAUGCCCACAAGCCGAUCCUGUCGCGCUCGCUCAUGGUCCGCUUCUGGAGCGAGUACUUCAGCUCGGACCCGGCCCUCCGCGAGGCCAUGGCCUCCAACACGCACGUCCCGCCCGAGGCCAGCGCGCUGUGGCCGCUGCUCAACUGGAGCCUGUGGCUGCCCCCGGACAUGAGGGGGGCCCACAGGCCCAGCAGCCCCGUGUGGGGCGGCGCGGAGCUGGCCCGGCGCCACCCCGGCCUGCUGGACCCGCGCGCGUCCCCGCUGCUGGCCAGCCAGGCCCGGCUGCGCGGCCUGCCCCCGGCCUUCGUGCUCACCUGCGAGCACGACGUGCUCAGGGACGACGGCGUCAUGUACGCGGCCAGGCUCCGCGACGCUGGCGUCCCCGUCACGCACCACCACGCCAAGGAUGGCUUCCACGGCGCCGUGACCUUCCUGACCUGGCCGCUGGAGCUGGCCCUGGGCCACCGCCUGUUCAACACCUGCCUGGGCUGGCUGAGGGACAACCUGUGAGGGAACGUGGGGCUCUGCUCGCCCCUCGGUCUGCCAGGAGUGCUGGGGCUGUGCCGGGCUCUGGCCGUCAUUGUCAUCUCCCCUGUAAUUCCACAGUGUUGGGGCUGGAGCAUUUCCCAUCUUCUCUGGCAGGAAAUCGGUGUGAUCCUAACCCAGGUUCCUCCAGUGCUGUCAUCUGAGCCUCAAACCUGCCAGAACUGUCCUGAGCUCCUCUUCAGUCUGACUCUAACCUACUGGUGCUGUCCCCUAAACCUCAAACCUGCCAGAACUGUCCUGAGCUCCUCUUCAGUCUGACUCUAACCUACUGGUGCUGUCCCCUAAACCUCAAACCUGCCAGAACUGUCCAAGGCUCCUCUCCAGUCUGAUCCUAACCCACCAGUGCUGCCAUCUGAACCUCAAAC